AUGAUUUUUUGUGAAACCGUUGGACGUAUUGAUCGCAACGCCAAAGCGUCCACUGGUGGCCGGCAUGCGAACGGAACUCCAGUGCCGGUCCACNUUAAAGAAAAUUUGAAACCGUUGGACGUAUUGAUCGCAACGCCAAAGCGUCCACUGGUGGCCGGCAUGCGAACGGAACUCCAGUGCCGGUCCACCGGUUCGCGACCACCGGCGCAGAUCACGUGGUGGAAGGGCACACAUCGCAUACAUACAGCCAAGGAUUCGCUCAUCAACGACGGGAACACCAGCUUUUCUGUCGUCACAUUCGUGCCCGCAGUUGACGACAACGGCAAACAGUUGUCCUGUAGGGCCGACAACCUACCUAUGCCUCACACCGCCCUCGAGGACAGUCGUACCCUCGAUGUCCACUUUCCGCCACAAAUCACUCUAUCCUUCGGCGCAAACAUACAAAAGGAUGCCAUCAGAGAGGGAAGCGAUAUAUACCUCGAGUGUCACAUCAGAGCCAACCCAUGGAUCAAAGAGGUCUUAUGGAUGGUCGAUGGGAAGCCACUGGUGACCACUCCGUCAUCCGGUGUUAUUAUCACCAAUCAGUCGCUGGUCUUACAGAAGGUUAGGCGACACCAUAGGGGACGGUAUCAGUGCAUGGCUUUCAACAAUGAGGGCGAUUCCAUCAGCGACUCCAUUGACCUCAAGAUUAACUUCGCACCGGUAUGUAAAGAGGGUCAGAAGCGACAGUACGGUGUGGGCCGUAAUGAGGGGGCGCGAAUCAGGUGCGAAGUGGACGCCGAGCCCACCUCUAAAGUCGAGUUCAAAUGGUUUGUCAAUACGAGUGACUCGGAUAUCACGGAAUUGCGGACUUUUACGUCAAACCACACCAUAAGCGUGGCUACCUAUACGCCAAAGACCCGGUUCAGUUACGGCCAGUUGCUAUGCGCCGCACAAAACUCAAUUGGCGUACAACAGGAACCCUGUGUUUUCAACAUUGUGCCAGCUGGCCAACCGGAACCGGUGCGCAACUGUGCCGUCACUAACCACUCGAUGACCACUUUGUUGAUCGACUGCACCCCCGGCGACGACGGGGGUCUACACCAGCACUUCUAUCUCGAAGUGUACACCACAGCCGCCCAACAACUACACGCCAACCUCAGCUCAAACACCCACCCGGCCUACACCGUCAACAGUCUACAUCCGGGCACAAUGUACACCCUGGUCCUAUACGCCGCCAAUACCAAGGGUAGGAGCCAUACGGUAACGCUGAGUGCGGCCACACUCUCGCCCCCAGAGAAACAUAUAUCUAAUGGGAGUUUCGAUCAGAUUGUGGUGAACCCGGUGUUGGGUAUUCUGAUAGCAGUGGUCGCGUCACUGGUUCUCAUUGUCAUCAUUGUUGUGGUU